CAGCGUGGGGCUGAGCGUGCCGGCGGUGGAGGUGCGCUUCGAGGACGUGCAUGUCGAGGCGGGCGUGUAUGUCGGCACGCGCGCGCUGCCCACGCUCCUCAACUUCACGCGCAACUCGCUCGCCGCCGCGCUGCACUCACUGGGCGUGGAGUUGGAUGCGCGCCGCCCGUAUCCGAUCCUGCACGGGUGCUCGGGCGUGCUGCGGCCGGGCCGCAUGACGCUGCUGCUGGGGCCGCCAGGCGCCGGCAAGUCAACGCUCUUGCAGGCGCUCGCGGGCUGCCCCGAUAAGUCGCUCAAGGUAUCUGGCAGCGUGACCUAUAACGGGCAUGCUCUUAACGAGUUCGUACCAGAGCGCACAGCAGUGUACGUGCCGCAGAACGACGAGCACAUCGGCGAGAUGACCGUCCGGGAGACCCUCGACUUCUCCGCGCGCCUGCAGGGCCCGGGGCUCAGGAAAGGUGCGCGUGUGCGCCUGUUGGGAGGGGGAAGAAUGGUGGGCUUCUGGAUGGACCUAGUGGCGGAGCUGGAGAGGCGCGAGGCGGAGCAGGGCAUUGUACCGGACCCUACUAUGGACGCCGUCAUGAAGGUGAGGUGCUGUCAUGGCAGCAUGAAGGUGAGGUGCUGUCAUGGCAGCAUGAAGGUGAGGUGCUGUCACGGCAGCAUGAAGGUGGGGUGCUGUCAUUGCAGCAUGAAGGUGAGGUGCUGUCAUGGCAGCAUGAAGGUGAGGUGCUGUCAUGGCAGCAUGAAGGUGAGGUGCUGUCAUGGCAGCAUGAAGGUGAGGUGCUGUCAUGGCAGCAUGAAGGUGAGGUGCUGUCAUGGCAGCAUGAAGGUGAGGUGCUGUCAUGGCAGCAUGAAGGCGAUGGCACUGGAGGGCAACCCCACCAACAUCAUCACAGACUAUGUGCUCAAGAUUCUAGGCCUGGACAUCUGUGCAGAUACUGUGGUAGGGAAUAACAUGCUGCGCGGCAUCUCAGGCGGGCAGAGGAAGCGCGUGACCACAGGCGUGGCGCUGGUGGGCGGGCAGCAGGUGCUGCUGAUGGACGAGAUCAGCACGGGCCUCGACUCCUCCACCACCUUCCUCAUCACGCGCUGCCUGCGCCACCUCACGCACCUCCACUCCGCCACCACGCUCGUGGCUCUCCUCCAGCCUGCCCCCGAGACCUACGAGCUCUUUGACGACGUGCUGCUGCUCUCCGAGGGCCACGUCGUCUUCCACGGGCCCCGGGAGCAGGUCGUGCCGUUUUUCAACCAGCUCGGCUUUGAGUGCCCCGAGAGGAAGGGCGAGGCGGAUUUCCUGCAGGAGGUGACUUCUAUGAAGGACCAGGGGCAGUACUGGAAGGGGGGAGUGGCUGGGGCAGAUGGUGGGGUGGGCGGGAAAAGCCAGCCGUACCACUAUGUGCCGGUGCAGGCGUUUGAGGCGGCGUUCAAGGAGACGCAGAUCGGCAAGGCCACUGCUGCCCACCUCUCGGUGCCCUUCCCAAAAGAAAAGAGCCCUCCAGGUGCACUGGUGCAUAAGCGCUACUCCCUCCCUACCUCAGAGAAGUUCCGCGCAAUCUUCGCGCGCGAGUAUCUGCUUAUGCGCCCAACCCCCAUCUCCCAUCCCACCUUAUCCCCCCACCAGGUGCCCUACCCCAAGGAGAAGAGCCCCCCCGGCGCACUCGUCCACAAGCGCCACACCCUCCCAACCUCCGAGAUGUUCCGCGCAGUCUUCGCGCGCGAGUUUCUUCUCAUGCAGCGCAACUCCAUCCUCUACGCAGCCCAAACCAUCCAAAUCAUCCUUGUAGCUCUCGUCGCCAUGACCGCCUUCUUCCGCACCACGCUCACCGUCUCCCUGCAAGACGCCAACUACUACCUCGGAGCCACAUUCUUCGGUGUGGUCAUGAUGCUCUUCAAUGGAUUCACGGAGCUCCCGCUGGUCAACUUCCGCCUGCCGGUGUUCUACCGCCAGAGGGACGCGUUUCUGUACCCUGCGUGGGCGUGGGCCGUGCCUCUCGAGCUGCUCUCCAUGCCCUUCUCCGCGUGGGCGUCCAUCAUCUGGACCACCUUUACGUACUAUGGCAUUGGCUUCGCACCCGAACCGGGCAGCUUCUUGCCGUUGAUCUUCUUUUCCAUCCACUCCAUCUUCUCGUCAUCCAUCCUCCCGUAUUCCCAUCUCCUUCCUCCGCUCCCCCUCCACCCCCCACUGCAGUUUCGCCGUGCAGAUGCUGCUCUUCUUCCUCAUCCACCAGCUCUCAUUCUCCGCCUCAUAGGGGCGCUGGGCCGCAACAUGGUGAUGCUGCUCUUCUUCCUCAUCCACCAGGUCUCCAUCUCCCUCUUCCGCCUCAUAGGAGCGGUGGGCCGCAACAUGGUGGUUUCCACCACCUUUGGCUCAUUCGCCGACAUCCUCUUCGUCCUCAUGGGCGGCUUCGUCAUCGCAAAAGCCGACAUCAGCAACGUGUGGAUCUGGGCGUAUUGGCUCUCGCCUCUCAUGUACGCGCAGAACGCCCUCGCUGUCAACGAGUUCCUCGCCCCCCGCUGGAACGUCUCCGCAGGGCCGCUCUUCCCCCCCUCAGCCACCAUGGGGCAGGUGUUUCUGGAGAGCCGCUCGAUCCCAGCGGACGACAAGUGGGUCGGCAUUGGCGUGGCGGCACUCAUCGGCUACAUCCUGCUCUUCAACCUCCUCACUGUUGCCGCGCUCGCCUAUCUUGAUCCAUGGGACCAGCCGCAACCGGUGGUGUCGGAGGAGCAAAUAGAGGCGAAGCACACCUUCCUUGCCCUCUCUCACCUCUCCCCCCGCCUCCCAUCCCCCAUUUUUUUACUGUUCACCUCGGCAGCGUGGGACCGGCCACAGCCAGUGGUGUCGGAGGAGCAGAUAGAGGCGAAGCACACCGCCCGUACGGGCGAGGUGGUGGUUGCAGCGGGCGGCAACAGGAAGCGGUCCACCCGGCAGGAUGCUGGCAGUGCUCUGGACCGCUACUGCACCAGCCACACAGGGGCCAAAGCUUCAAAACCGCUCCACGCACUAUCCCCCCUUCCAGACGUGGAGUCACAGCCCGAGUCCACGGAGGGCAAGCACGGCAUGGUGCUGCCGUUCGCGCCGCACUCGCUCUCCUUCCACAACGUCAACUACUUCGUCAACAUGCCCGCCGAGAUGCGCGCCGAGGGCGCCCCCCCCGACGCGCGCCUGCAGCUGCUGCGCAACGUGUCGGGCGCCUUCCGCCCCAAAGUGCUGACAGCGCUGGUGGGCGUGUCGGGCGCGGGCAAGACGACGCUCAUGGACGUGCUGGCGGGGAGGAAAACUGGCGGGUAUAUUGAGGGGGACGUGCACGUGUCGGGCUUCCCCAAGGUGCACUCCACGUUUGCACGCGUGGCGGGGUACUGCGAGCAAAGCGACAUUCACACGCCGCAGGUGACGGUGCACGAGAGCCUGCUCUUCUCCGCGUGGCUGCGCCUGCCGGCAGAUGUGGACGUGGAGGUGAGGGAGGAGUUUGUGGAGGAGGUGAUGGAGCUGGUGGAGCUCGAUAGUCUGCGCGACGCCAUGGUGGGGCUGCCGGGGGUCAAUGGGCUCUCCACGGAGCAGCGCAAGCGCCUCACCAUCGCCGUCGAGCUCGUCGCCAACCCCUCCAUCAUCUUCCUCGAUGAGCCCACCAGCGGGCUCGAUGCACGGGCGGCGGCCAUUGUGAUGCGCACCGUGCGCAACACGGUGGACACGGGGCGCACGGUGGUGUGCACCAUUCACCAGCCCAGCAUCGACAUCUUUGAGGCCUUUGAUGAGUUGCUGCUGAUGAAGCGGGGAGGCGAGGUGAUAUACAUGGGCCCCUUGGGCACGGACUCGCGGCUCAUGAUAGACUACUUCCAGGCCAUCCCAGGCGUGCCGCCCCUCCCCGCCGGCUACAACCCAGCCACGUGGAUGCUCGACAUCUCCACGCCCGCCAUGGCCGACAAACUCAACCUCGACUUUGCCGACAUCUUCCGCAAAUCAGACCAGUUCCGCCGCAACGAGGCGCUCAUCGAGUCGCUCAAGACGCCCCCGCCGGGCCAGCAGGACCUCGCCUUCGCCACUCAGUACGCCCGGAGCUACGCGUCGCAGUACACUGCUAACCUGUGGAAGCGCGCGCACAUGUACUGGCGUGCGCCGGACUACAACGCGAUGAGAUACUUUUCCAGUGUUGUCAUGGCGCUGCUGAUCGGAGGCGUGUACUGCGGGCAGGGGCAGCAGCGCAGCACGCAGCAGCAGGUGCUGAACCUGAUGGGCGCCAUGUACACGGCGGCCAUCUUCAUGGGGUGGAACAACUCCGCCUCCAUCCAGCCCAUCGUCGCCGUCGAGCGCACCGUCUUUUACCGCGAGCGCGCCGCAGGGCUGUAUGGUGCCAUCCCGUACGCCCUGGCGCAGGGGGCGAUCGAGGUGCCGUAUGUGUUGGUGCAGACGUUCAUCUACUCGCUGAUCACGUACGCGAUGAUCCAGUUUGAGUGGACGGCCGGCAAGUUCUGGUGGUACACGCUCUUCAUGUUCCUCACGCUCUUCUACUUCACGUGCUACGGCCUCAUGGCCAUCGCCAUCUCGCCCAACGAGCAGAUCUCCAUGGUCUUCUCUAGCUUCUGCGUCUCCUCCUGGAACCUUCUUUGCGGUUUCCUCAUUGCGCGACCCGAAGUGCCACCUAGUUCACGUGAAUUAAGCCAUCCAUUUGCAACCCUCGCCUGCCCCCAUGCACUGCAGCACAUCCCGGUGUGGUGGCGGUGGGCCUACUGGAUCGACCCCAUCUCCUGGACCCUCUAUGGCCUCAACGCCUCACAGCUGGGAGAUGUGACGACGACCCUGCAGGUGCCAGGGGUGACCCCGGACCCAACGGUGCAGGCGUAUCUGGAGGAGGUGUUUGGCUACCAGCACUCGUGGCUCGGCUAUGUUGUGCUCGUGAAUGUCGGAUUCAUCAUCCUCUUCUUUACCGUCUUCGCUUUCUCAAUCAAGAAGCUUAACUUCCAAAACCGCUAA